AUGACUGACUCGUCUCCACGAGCGCGAGCAAGCGACGCGAGCGGUAGCCGCAUUUUCAGCAGCCCGGGCUUCGGCAAGAACGACCCCGCCGCCGCCGCCGCGGUCCCCGCGAGGGAUCCCGUCGCGGCGAUAGACCAACAACGGAGGGGCAGGGGCGGAGACUCCCCCGCCCACGGCGCCGGCGCCAGCGCCGGCGCCGGCGGUGGCCACACAAGAGCUAGCGUGAGCGAAGGCGGCAACGGCGCCGCCGCCACCGCCGCCUCGGUGGCAAGAGUACCCCCCCCGAUGCCGAACACCAUCGUCCUGCCGUCGACGGAGGUGAGGCUCGGCCUCCCACACUCGAACAUCUCUCCGCUCUUGAAGGCCGAGCGCGGCGUGUUUCCGUUCGUGCCCGACGGGGCGGAGAAGGACAAGGAGGAGGAGGCUCUGCAGGCGUCGGCGGGGGCGGAGGCGGUGGUGCGCGACUGCCUGUACAACAGCCACGGUAUGGUCGCCCUGGACGGGUACCUCUGGAAGCCCGGGUCGAUCCGGCUGGUCCGCCGCUGGAUGAUGCUCGUGGACAACACUCUGUACUACUUCGUCAAGCCCGGGGAUCGGAAACCCAGGGGCGUUAUCUCUUUGCCGGGGUGCAUCGCGGAGGCGGUGUCCUCGGACGAACAAGAACCAGCGGGGGAAGACCUCGCCGCUAGGAAGGAGAAGGAGCCUCGCAAGUCCCGCGUGCCCAACGGGUACUACGGUCUCAGGCUUUUCCGGCCGAACCACCACGGCAAGGACAGCAACGCCCGGCUCUUUCUGGCCAAGACCGCACAGGAUCGCGACGAGUGGGUGGCAGAGCUUCGGGUGGCGUCGAGGGUGGUGCCUUUGGAAGACAUCUUCCAAAUCAAGGCGUUGCUCAGGAAGGGGGCUUUCGCGUCUGUGCAUCGCUGCGUCCGCAAGGAUACCCAAGAGGAAUUUGCGGUGAAGGUCAUCGACAAGACCAGCCUCUCGUCCCACGAAAAGUUCCUCUUGCGCGGAGAGAUAGGUGCCCUGAAGCUCGUGUCGCACCCCAAUGUUGUCCGGCUUGAGGCCGUCCACGAGGACCCCCGGUCCAUCGCGAUCGUCAUGACGCUCUGCAGAGGGGGAGACCUCUGGGACAAGGUGCGAUCGCAACCGUCUCGGUGCUUCACCUCGAGCCAGGCCAGGACUGUCAUGAGGCCGCUGUGCGAGGCUGUCUUGUAUCUCCACACGCUCGGCAUCUUGCAUCGCGACAUCAAGCCGGAGAACAUCUUGCUGGUGGAUGAUGGAGACGGCAACCUAGGAGGGGUCAUACUAUCCGACUUUGGCUUUUCGCACCAAGUCUCGCCCAAGUCGCGGCUCGCCUGCGGCAAGCAGCUGAUGGGCACUCCCUCGUACAUGGCCCCCGAGUCCAUCUUGCACGGCAUGUACGGCAAAGAGGUCGACUGGUUCUCUUGCGGCUGCGUGCUGUACAUGAUGCUCAUGGGACGGGCGCCUUUCGCGGGCAACAGCCCUUCCGAGAUCUUCCGCAACACGUGCCACGGCCGCCUGGGGCUCGGCAGGGGCGGCGCGUCCCUGUGGGACAAGCUCCCGGCGGCGGCGCGGGAGCUUAUCGUCGGCCUCAUGCAGCUGGACCACAACCUGCGAUUCACCGGCGAGCAGGCGAUGGAACAUCGGUGGCUCGCGACUCCCGCCGAUGAGGAGCUGGGCGCCGCUGUAGGCGCGGCGCAGCAGCAGCAGCAGCAGCAACAGUAGCAGCAGCAAGACGUGUAGGGUAUCGAUUGCCUUGUGUUGCGUGUUUUUAUUUUGUCCUGCGCGCGCCAGCCGUGGUGUUGGUGUGUUGGUGUGCUUUUAUUGCCUUUUCCGAAUUGGUGGCUUGUCACCACCAGUCAUGCACGGUUUGGCCAAUACACCUUUUGGGUGGGUGGUGCAGUAGGUUUUUGGGAAAUGUCUUCCCCGCGUGUGCAGGGAGCACGCGAGUAUUGAGCCGUUGUCGGUAGUACUUCUAUUUAGUAGUGGUGGAGAUCAUAGCACGAAGUCUUCGGGAAAGUUCCAUCAAGACGCAGAGUACGUGUUACGGGAACCUUAUCGUUUUCUUUUUGUUUGGUCCCCUUUCUAAUCCCCCUCACCGAUUGUGAGGGUCGUUCAUGUGUUCGGAGUUUUUCUCGAGAGCCUCGUCAUGUUUUUUCGGUGACGGACAUCAUCAGGAUCAGGAUCUCCGCCUGGUGUAGAUUUGUUUUUAUGCCGACGGCGAUUGCGUUCCGUGAGGUAAUAACGGAUGUGUGUUGGGUAGCCCCACACUUUUUCUGGGAGAUACAUGGGGCACGAGCACCGCGUGGUUGUAUCACAUGUGUAUAUCACAUGUGUGUACGUGGCUUUCGUUUUGCCUCCUGUGUAUAGGGGGUGUUUGGUUCCGGUGGGGCGGCGAUUGGUGGGAAUGUAGACAAUAUAUUACCUGUGAUAACCAUCUCAUUUUCUUUUGCAUGCAGCUGGGGUUGUAGCUCUCCUUUAUUAUUAAAUCUCGUUUCUGAUACAAGUGGACGAGCUUGUUUGGUUGGCGCAUGGCAGAAAACGCUUUGUAUACCCGGUUACACAAGAAGUGGUCGUACACAAGAGAUGGCAGGUGUUGUGGCAUCCGCCAUUUAUUGUUUCCGUUUGGUUGGCGGGUCACGUUGUGGCACGCCGCGAAACCUACUGUAGGUUCGGCUUUCUUCGUAUGUCUGUUUUGUGUUGAUCGGUCCCGCGCCCGUUUUCUGUCGAAGAAAGGACCUCCGCUCAGUCAGGCCGUUCGUUCGUUUUUUCGGGACUGCUAAAUGUAUGGGUGUUUCCGACUUGCGCGCGAAGCGUCGCCAUGAAGACCUUUUUUCGAUGGAUCAUUUCCCCGCUUUUCGAAUCGAUUCCGAUUGUUGAAAAGGUUUGGUCCCUGUGAAUGGACGAGAAAUAUGUCUUUUUUUUGUCUGAGCUCUUGCGUGCUUGUCAUCGUUUGGCGGUUGGUUUGUAACCCAGGUUUGUUUGUUCGUGGUGCACAGACAUGCCAACGUGAGCGACGCGUGCGUUCAUGCACGUUCAUCCCCCGGUAGAACAAGGCACAUCAUCAUCAACUAUUGCUCAAUGACAUCGCCCUGGUGGGCCGCCCUCUCUUCCCC